AUGCCAAAGGAUGAGGAGGAUUCCCUGUUUGAGGUUGUGAAGCGGUCUUGGGAGCUGGAAAAUUAUUGCUCUUCGGAGGAAACUGCAUCGAGUGAGGAUCUACUCCGCGAGCAGAUCUACGAUUAUGCCACGCUGAUAGGGAUCGAUCCUCUUAAGGAGCACCAUUUGCUUUAUCUCGCUAAGGAAGGUUUGAUGGCCGCACUGCCUUCGGAGUGGAAAAUCUGCUACUCCGAGGAGAAGAACGGUCAUUACUAUCAUAAUACGUUCACCAAGCAGUCGCAGUGGGAUCAUCCCUUAGAUGCUGUGUAUCGUGAAUUAGUAGAGAAGACACGUCAUAACAUAGGGGCGAUAAUUCCUGAAGGAGCCAUGGUUAUUAUUGAUAGCUCAGAUGAUAUAUCCCAGUUGGAUUCUGGUAUACGCAGUAUGCAUUGUGCCGAUGAAUUCUACGAAAUCAACUCACCUUUCAACAGCGUUAAAACGCAGGCGUCAAUGAUUAAUUCCGUUUCUACUCACACGACCAGUUUUGCAGGUGCAAGUGUAUUUAGUGGCGGUGUUAAUCGAUUUUUAGAGUCUCGCACUAGGAAUUUCGGUCAAAUUUUCAAUUGUGUUAAAAAUGCUCAACUUGAAAACGGCAACACAAAUUCUCCAAUUAGUAUGAACACACAUUUAUCCGCAUCUAAACUAUCUCACAGGAUGCUGGCACUAAGCAGGGAAAACGAGGAGACAAGGGAAAACUCAGAUUCUAUAGUGGAGCAGCGAGAUGGAAUGUUUCUGCUCUCAGGUGCAAGCGGUUCCAGGAGGUUUCUCAAGCCUCGUCAAAACUUGGAACAAGUAAAAAUAGGUGGAAGUACUCCACUACUUUGUGUAAAGGGUAUCCUCCGUGAAUCAAGUGUGUUCGAUAUAAACCGUUGCAUGGACCGUGACGAUCCAACGACAGAAUUUGAUGAUAAAAAAAGCGUGCGCUUUAAUUUAGAGGAGAUGCACCACAUGCGAGACUCACCCGAGGAUGAAUUCUCGCCAAAGUUAUGCCAGACUAGCGAGUUGUCCGUCAACCUGGACGACGAGGAAGUAGAGGCGGGGAUGGACUACGAUUUUAAUGAAGAUCGAGCUAAUAACAUGUUUAAAGGUGAAAAUAUUUAUAAUGAUGAAUUGCUCCAUGGUAAUCUCAAAGAGGGAAAGUGUAGCUUAAGCCGUUGCACAAGCGGCUUAUCAAAAUCCGUACCCAAAACUCAAACUAUUGAGAAGAUGAUGGCUUGUAGUAACAAUCCACCCAUGGAGCAUAAUUUGGUAGACUCAACAUCUGUUACGUGUAGGUCGAUAUGUGAAUUAAAAGAAGGUGCUACAACGAGGCAACACAAAGAUAACAAUGACCCAGAACCUGAGCCUAGUUUUGUUCGCAGCUUUAUUAUAAAAAAAAAUUCAGAGCAAGAUGCCCUAAAUCCAGUAAGCAACAGACCGUUUGAUUUGGAUGAGUUGGGUCGCAAGCAUAGCCAUGAGCUAGAGCUGUUGCAGCGCAAAUCCGCGGAGGUAUCAACAAAAAACGUGCAGGGCCUUAAAAUGGCCAGCAAGUUAGGUACUCUAUAUAAACAGACAGAUAGUUUUUUAAGUAACGAUGAGGCAAUCAAACGCGAGCAUGAGGUAAGGCUAAAGAACCUAAGACAUGAAUACGAUUUGCGCUUUACAUCGCACCAGCACCAACUCGAAGAAGCGUUCGAGAGUCAAAUUGAAAAAUAUCGGGGCAAGCUGGAGCUUCAGCUGCAAAGCAAGCGUUCUCUAAUAGUAAGCGAACAUAAGGCUCGAAUGGCCAUACUGCAGAGUAACCAUUCUGAGAUUCUCAAUGAGUUAGAGCGUGACCUCCAUAGUGAGGAAGAGAUUCUUCGCCGCGAGCAAGCAGUCAGGCUAUCACAAAUGCGGGACAAUCUUGCCCAUGAGCUAGAAUUGGAAAAUAAACGAUUUCGCGAGAAGGGUGAGGAGAGACUCUACGAGAAAGUUCGCUGUGAAAAACGUUUACUUGAGGACAAAUAUCGUUGUCUCAAAGAAAAAUACGUAAGACUUAAAACGGACGUUAGACUGUCCUUAGAACGACGCAAUCGACGACGCGAGGUACUCGCUUUUCAGAAAAAUUGCCAAAAUAAUAAGACCAACGCUAUCAUUGGCUCUGAAACGGAGCGCUCUUUAUCCAAAAAUCCCAUGGAAAAUAGGGAAGAUCACUCAGUGAGCUACUCAGAUAAGGCAGUCAAAGGCAGCUUAAAAGAAAAACCACUGGGGCUUCCGAAGACACAGCUUAAUAAGCAGAAUAUCAGCAGCAAAUGCAUCGGGCAGCGGCAGCUCAAGAAUGAGACGAACACCUCAAUCAGUCAGUCGGACACAACAGUAUCAAAUAACUACUCCAAUGGUCGUUAUUUACCUGUUUCACAACCCACAAGCUGCAAAGGUUGUGGUACAGUCAAGCUAAGCGGAAACAGAAAUUCAGACGCGGAAAUUCAAGAGAAAAACAACAACAGCAAUCAGCUUAAGGAACUUGGAGGGUCACGGAAGAGGGUCUUUUCACGCGCUAAAUCAGCAUCAACCUCUAGACUUAACUCCGAUUAUAAAUAUCAACUGGAACGUGCGUUCACUCCUGUUGAAAAUUUACGGUACCAACUGCGAAAGCUAGAGGAUUUAGAGGAUCAGUUUCCAGAUCAUGCGGUUGACGCCACUUUUCAUCUUCGAUACCCGUUUACUGAUAUUUCCAACGAUCAUGCUAUUGAGGGUGUGGGCUCGGAACUGGAAUUUUUUAAACAUCGCAUACAUAUGGAACGGGAUUCAGUACGUCGAGCCAAAGAAUCUUUGAAAAAAGACCGUAGUGACUUUAGGUUACGGCAACGCGAUAUAAAACAGCGGAUCAAGACUCCCCCUUUGUUACCUAAGCAGUGGCUGGACCAGCAUAUCCAAGAGGAAAAAGAAUUAACCGAGAUGGAAGUAAACCUACAUCGCACACGUGCUUUGUUAGGUGAGAAGGUUAUAAGGCUAAAGCAUCUAGAACGGAGCCUGCUCUGCAUGUACGAGCAAGACAAGUGCGGUACCAAUCUGGAUGAUGCUGCAACGCUCAGCGAUCUUUCGUCGCAAUCCAGUUCUGGCUUUAGCAGCACUGAUUUCGCCAGUGGCGCAGAUCUUCUGAAGCGCAGAGAAUACUUUCAGCAGGAAUCCAUCGAAUGGAUUCAGAAUCUUGAAAUUCUUAACGAAGAGAUUUGUGAAAUUCUUGACAUACUAAGUCAAAAUCAACAAAAACAGCAUCAUCAGGAAUCAUUAUCGACCAUGGCCAUACAAUUUUCUAACGACCUUAAGUGGACACACAUGCUUAGCCAGCAGGAUACCGUAACAGCUAUAGUUUCUCCGUUUCAAGCAAGCAACUCAACAUCUAGCCAUGGUAUCAGCGAUAGCAGUGGUAUCGAGGCGGUACCUGCAUCUCAACCAAAACCAACAAUUGCGGAUCGUCUUGAGACCUAUCGCCAGUUAGCUGCUGGACAUAUGCAAGGCUCGAUGGGUGGUGCGAUUCUGGCGGCCAAUAGUAUCGUCUCCCAAAAUCGACGGCCUGUAAACUAUUCGACCAGUUUGGUGAAACGCUCUCGCGACCUUCGCGAUUGGCUGCGUCGGACCAAAACGGAGCAUGAGCUGCUAAUCGGCACUGGAAUUCAACACGGAAUCACAGAGAAAACCAAAAUUGCUGGUAUCAGCGAAGUUAAUGGUGAAAGUGAUUAUAAUUCAAUCAGCGCAUCUGUAAUUAAUGCAGCCGCAAAAGGGUGAAGCUCUGCAAGUGGGCACACCAUUUUACAAAAAAAAAAAACCAGUAGUGGAGUGUUUUGACCAUAAUAUGCAAUGCGAUCUAGAAUGUUUGUCUGUUAUGUGCUGUAUUACUUAUUAGCCGACCGUUAGGAAGUCAAAUGAUUAAAGAGAAUAUCCAUUUAAAAAUGAAAA